GCGCCAUAUUCGGAAGUGUAUGACAACAAACGAUUACAUUUUAACUUGGCUGCGAAUGUUCGUUUUAUUUGCAAAUAACAUCUGCAGUUGAUUAUGAUGAUGGACAUCCCUGACAUGCACACCGACCACGUAUCUUAACAACUUCCUACGCAGGGAACAUGAACUUGACGGUCGCUUUGUUGCUAUGGUGGAUGCAACGUUAGCUUUCACUUGCAACGUUUUUACCCCAACUAGUUGCUAGCUGCUAACGUCCUUUACAUUUCUGACCAAAGAAGGGCAAUCUUUGUUGCCCUGUCUGUGUGGGAUGUUUUAGUUUCAAUUUCUGCCGACGCACAUAAAGUUGAUGCUAUAGUGGUGACAGAUAGGUGGCUGCAGCCCCACUGAAGCACCGUCCUCUCACCGAGCAGGGACAUCGUCCGCAGGCAGCAUCCCUCGUCAUGUCCAUAGACUUCGACAGCAACGCGCUGCAGACCCAGCAUGAGGAGGAAGAGUUGGACCAGGAGGACUACGCCAGGGAGCAGGAGCUGCAUAAGCUCCUGACUGAUCUCCCAGAUGACAUGCUGGAGGACAGCCGAGACUGCUCCUCUCCGGAGCUGGACGACGACUCGCCCCAGCGUAACCACGGCAACGGGCCGCAGCAGGCGUGGAAUGGGAAGACGGACUGGGCCAAACCCCAGAGACCACCCCCCCUGGCAGAGGAGGCCUACGAAGACACCUAUGGGGACGAGCCCUCCUAUCACCAGGACUACAGCUAUGAGAAGGGGCACCCCCCGCUCCACCAGGCCCCUCAGCCGGAGUACCAGUAUGAGCCUGAUGGCUACUCCUAUGGGGACGGCGGCCCCGAAGAGUCGGCCUGCACCAACGACCUCUCCGUGGAGGGGGGAUAUGAUCAAGAACCCUACUCCCCUUCCAGACACCCUGGCGGCCAGCACGACUACAACCAGUUCAGGAACCACUUCCAGAAUGUGGACGCUGGGGUGCCAGCAGACAAUAUGGAAGAUCACUAUAAGGCCACCUACCAGCCUCGCCAGCCCCCUGCUCAGAUGUUCAAUCAAGACCGACAUCAGAAUGGUCAACUUCAGAACGGGCACCUCCAGAACGGGCACCUUCAAAAUGGGCAUAUCCCUAAUGGGCAUAUUCCUCAUGUGCAUAUCCCUAAUGGGCAUCCUCAAAACGGGCACCAGAACGGGCACAUUGAUCAGCUGCAGAGAGACUUCCUGGACUCCAGACAGAGUACCGUGGAGGGUCAGCAGCUAGCCCAGCUGAAGGUGCUGCACCAGGCUCAGGCGCGGCAGCAGAGCGAACUGCAGCAGCAGCUGGAGGAGGCCAAACGCAAGAUCCGCUUCCUGGACCACCAACUCGCCAUCGUCAAAGAUGAGAAGGAGGGCAUGGCCAUGUCUCUGAAGGAGUCAUCUGGCCUGCUGGAGGAGGCUCAGAGCAGAGAAGCUCAGCUACAGACCAGCAUCAAGACCCUGCAGCAGGAGAUGCACACACUCACCGAGAGGGAGCAGGAGAGCCAGAAGGCGCAGCGCGUGGCGGAGGCGGCGGUGGACAGCCUGCAGCAGCAGAUGAGGGAGGUGUGUCGCUCGGAGACGCUGACGCGCGCCCGCCAGCAGCACGAGAGGGACCUGCACGCCCUCCGAGAGCAGCACGACGCCCGGGUGCUCGCCCUGCAGCAGCUGCUGGACACACACACACAGGCCCUGCAGGAGCAGACGGAGCAGGGUGUGCGUGUGCGUGAGCAGGUGCGUCAGCUGGAGCGUCAGAGGGAGCAGGAGCAGGUGGAGAGGGCCUCCAUCAUCAGCGCACUCACACAGCGCCUGGAGGACAGCCAGAAGCAAUGCGCCAAGCUCCUACACACAGGUUCGGUGCAGGAGAUGACUCAGAUGCAGAUAAAGCUGCAGCAGGCCCAGUCUGCUAAGAGCAUGGGGGACGAGAUGAACAAAGCUCUGCAGGAGGAGCUGAAUGACCUGAAAGAUCAGAUCAGGCUGUACGAGGCAGCCGUGAAGCACGGUGUCAUCUCAUUGGACAGCGCAGGGCCGACGGCCAAGAAUGGCGUAGCGCCAUUGGACAGCGCUGGGGACUGGGAGAACCACCUGUCGGACUCCUACACGGAGCUGGGCAUCAAGAAGGUCCACUGGAAAAACACACUGCUGCACAGUACCCCGCUGCAGCCUGAGGGGGUGGAGGGCGCUAAAGAGGAUGUGCUGAAGGAGCUGAGGGCGGAGCUGCAGCGCUGCCUGGCAACCCUGAAGGACAAGCGGCACCGCAUCACCCAGCUGGAGGCGGACCUGCAGGCCACGCGGCAACAGCUGCAGGAUGACAACAGCAGCAGCACCUCAAAGAAGGAGAGCAUCGAACAGAAGGCUUCGGAGGCGCCAGCGGGCCCUGUGGCGGCAUCCUCAGAGCUGACCUCUCUACAGGAGGAGCGAGAGCGCCUACAGGAGCGAGUAGAGACCUUAGAGAAGCGUAACUCGGAGCUGAGGCAGAGUGAGGAGAAGGUGAAGGCGGCCAACUCUGAGCUGUGCUCCAAGAUGAGGGAGAUGAUCCAGGAACUGGACCAGGAGAAGCAGGAGGCCCAGCACAGGUAUGACCGUACGCAGCAGCAGUUCCGUGAUGACGUGGUGAAGCGUGUGCGUGCUGAGCUCACCCAGGAGCACGAGGACCAGCUUGAGGAGCUCAGGGCUCAACACCAGCAGGAGACACACACACUACAGUGUAAGCUGGCAGAGCUGCAUCAGGAGAUGGCGGUGGUGCAGGAGUGCUACAUCUCCAUCUGUAAGGAGAAGGACCGGCUGGAGGAGAGCCUGGCCAGCACAGCACAGCAGGAGGAGAGGAGGCCGCAGGAAGUGCUGACCCUGGACGGGGGGAGCCAAACGGAGGUCAGCAGGGAAGAGCCGGCCGCCGCAGUCUCACAGCAGGAGGCGCAGGGGGAGACAGAGCGCCUCCUGAAAGCGGCGCAGGAGGAACGGGACCGCCUGCAGCAGGAGACGCAGCGACUUAGGAAAGCGGCGAAGGAGGAUCUGGAGCGAGUGCAGAGAGAGGCCAAGGAGGAGAGCGAGCGCGUGCAGAAGGAGGCGCGGGAGGAGAGGGAGAGGCAGCAGGAGGCGUGGCAGAAGGAGAGGGCGACCGCGGUGGAGGAGGCGGUCAGACACGCUCAGCAAGAGCUGGAACAGAAACACCUGAAAGAGGUGGCCAAGCAUGUGGAGGGAGCUGUGGCGAGGGCACACGCACGCUGGCUGGAGGAGAUGCAGACGCACCCCGAGUACAAGACCCGCCUCCAGACACAGAGGAGCCAAUGGGAACAAGAGCAGGAACAGCACACGCAAACCCAGGUGUCUGCGGCCGUAAAGGCAGCGAAGGACCAAUGGGAGUCGAGCGCACAGGCGGACAGGGCGGAGCUAGAGCGGGGCCGAGAGACGAUUGGUCAACUGCAGGAGGAGGUGCGCUCCCUGAGCUCUCGGCUGGAGCAGCAACAGCAGCAGCAGGAGACGCUGCUGGGGGCCGAGGUGGCAGCCGCCCGCACCGCCUGGAGCCGCCAGCAGGAGGAGGAGACCGCACGCCUGCAGACGCAGCACCAAGCCCAGAUGGAGCAGCAGCAGGAGCGUCACCGGCAGGAGGUGGAGCGCGUGCAGGAGGAGGCGGCGGGUCACCGGCGAGCGGAGCUCCAGGAGGCCCUGAGGAGGCAGCAGGAGCUGCGGGCCCAGGGGGAGCGGGAGCGGGCCCGGGAGGAGGCGCGCCGGGAGGUGAAGGAGGCCCUGCAGGAGGGCCUGAGGCUGCUGAAGAGCACGGACGAGGAGGGGCAUGCGGAGGAGCGGGGCAGGGGAGGAGGCCUCAGGGAGCUGUGCAGAGAGGCGCUGUCCCGAGCCGUGGCCCUCGCACGACAACACUGGACCAAGGUGACAGCCCAACACCAACACUGCCUGGGGAGUGAGGAGAUGCUGAGACGAGUGCUGAAGGAGACACACCAACAACACGAGAAGGAGAUUCUACAGCUGCAAGACUCAGUGGAGCGUGCGGACGGUGUGUGUGGGAGCGAGCGGUGCCGUGAGGCGGUGUGUGUGCUGAAGGGGAGGGUGGAGGAGCUCCAGCGGCAGGUGGAGAAGGCCUGCAGACAGCUGCAGCACACCGCACGACAACACAAGAGCGCACUGCACACGAUCAAAGAGGAGCGUGAGGAAGCCUUGAAGCAGGAGAGGGAAUCCCAUGCCAACGCUCUGGAGGAAGCCAAGAGAUCUGCUCAGGAAGAAGGUCAGAAGAAGCUUGAGGCAGGACUGGAGGAGAUGAAGGAGCAGUACACCACUGCAUUGAAGAAGAUCCGAGGGGAGAUGGCGGCGUACGUGCAGGAGAGUGGUGCGCGUGCGGCGGCGCUGGUGCGUGAGCAGGUGCAGCGUGAGCGCGAGGAGACGACGCGGCGCAUGAGGAGCUACUACCUCACCUGUCUACAGGAGCUGCUGUCAGACCGCACCAACAGCACCGGAGCGGAAAAGAAAAUAAUUAACGCCGCCAGCAAGCUGGCUGCCAUGGCCAAAGUCUUAGAGACGCCUGUGACCAGGAGGGGAACGCCCAAGAUCCAAGACGUCUCCAACCCCAUGGGUGUUCCUGACCCCACUGCUUCACUCCCCUCUGCCAUGAGCCAUGCGUCUGGGUUGCCAGCUGUUCUCCCUGCAGGAGAGAGGCCCAAGGACGACCAAUCCUGUCUGAUGUCAGCCCUGGCAAGCAGCACUCAGCCCCACCACCCCCCCUCUAUAAAAGCAGCAGCUCCUACCUCCAAACAGGCCCUAAUCAGCGGCGGCCCCCCCACCACCACCAACAGUCCCCAGGACACCCACCCCCACCCCCACCCCCUCAGCGCCAGUAAUGCCUACAAACAAGCUGCUGAUGCCCCCUCACCUCACCAAUCCGCUGGUGCCACCGUGCCAUCACACAGACCCCCUCUUUCCGCCCCGCCCCUGUCCUCCUCCUCCUCUUCGGCGCCCCGUGGGCAGCAGCCGAUCCCGUCGGCGGUGGAGGGAGCGGAUGUGAGUGGGGGACACGUGACCACGCGGUGCCAGCGCAGGGAGAGGAGCAAGGAGACGCACAAGGAGGCCCUGCAGCAGAGGCAGAAGCACCCACGCCGCUCUGACUCCGACUCUGGCAAGACCACCAAAGCGGCUUCGACCGUGCCCCACCUGAAGACACCCACCAGCAGCACCCUCCUCAGGCAGCAGCAUGCAUCCUCCUUCCCCCAGGACGACGCGCCCCUCCUGAUGGCCCCGCAGACCAGCUCAGAGCAGGAGGCUCCGGUACGAGACAACGGCCAGAGUGACUGGAGCAUCAGUAGCAGCGGCUCUUACCUCCCCAUCCUCACACACACACACACGCAGUCACAGUCACAGUCUCACACACUCAGUAGCAGCGCAGGCUCCUUCCUCCCUGCAAACACACACACACUCAGCAGCAAUGGAUCCUAUCUCGCUGCGCACACAAACACACACACACUCAGCAGCAAUGGAUCCUAUCUCCGUCCGCACAGCGCACCGUCUCCUCCUGUCACGGACCUGUUUGAGACCCUGCCUGUGCUGAGGGGCGAGUUUGACAUGUUUGGCAGCCUCCUGGGUGACGGAGACGCCACCGUUUACAGGGACCUGGUGAAGGCACCCGCGUACCCCCCGGAACCUGCAGGACAGGGUGCUGCUGGGGGGGUGGGCGGCAGGGGCAGACUGGGGCCCAGGAGUCUUUUCGCCGAGCUGGGGGGGGCGCGAGACAGUGGCUUUGAUAGCCCCCCUUCACAACUGAGGAAGAGACCAUGCUAAGAACAUGCACAGACACACACACACACACACACACACACACACACACACACACACACACACACACACACACACACACACACACACACACACACAGUAUGGUUUACAUAAUUGCUAAUGCAGACGGCCACAGACACACGCGCACCGUCUGUGGGUUGAGAAAUGAGAUUUGUUUUAGAAUCAAGUGCCUUGCUGACCUGGACCAAUUGUUUUCCUGUGUUUUUAUUGUCUUAUUUCUAUGUUCAUACAAACUACAGUAUAGUGUGUAUGUAUGUUUUUAUAUCAGUCAUUAUGAAUUUUAAAGCACCUUGGACAUAAAUGUGUUUUUAUACUGGAAGUAUAUAAAGUUUUAUUUAAAAAUCA